AUGCCGUCUCUCGAAGGCCUCACUGAGGGGCAACCAACCCUGGACGCAAUCAACAACGCAACCGCCCAAGACACUGAGGAAAUUACCUUCCCUCCCGUAACCAAGGAGCACAUCCUCAACUGCUCCUACGAUAGCUGGUUCCCCAAGUAUCGCACCGUCUCAAUCCGUUCCAGGAUUAUCAAGCUGUCACCCGACUUCGUCCAAUACAUUCGGGACGACGGCAUCAUCCUCGCCGAUGACGAUGAGACGCAGUCCAACCAAGAAGAGGAGGAAGAAUGGUCUGCCUCGUCAAACACGGCCGGCGCGCCAAGACGUAACCAGCAUCUGGAUGAGUCCGAUUCAGAUGACGAUGAGCCCGAAGCAGACUCUCGCCCGCCGAACCAGCGUUUCCCCGAGAUUCACCAGGAAAUCAAGGAGCGUAUCGCCGAGCUUGGCGGCGCUGUUGCCCCCAAGUUGAACUGGUCUGCUCCAAAGGACGCUGCCUGGAUCUCGCCGCACCAGAACACGCUCAAGUGCACGACGCCCAACGACAUCUACCUUCUGCUCAAGAGCUCCAGCUUUGUCAGCCACGAUCUGGAGCACGCCUUUGACGACACUGUCGCAUCCUCCGCAAACCGCCCAUUCCAGCCGGUCCUGGUUCUCCGCCCUUUCUUUGCCCCGAACCCGGCCCUCGAGUUUAGAUGUUUCGUUAAGCAUCGCGCGUUGGUUGGCAUUACCCAGCGAGACUGGAACUACUACCCUUUCCUCGACGGUCUGAGGCCCGCGUUGGUGUCUAAAAUUCUGGAUUUCUUCGAGGACAGAUUGCGAUUUACAUUCCCUGAUGGAUCAUACGCCUUUGAUGUCUACGUUCCUGGAGAUAGCGACUCAUACGACGAGCUGGGCAAGGUGCGGCUCAUCGACAUCAACCCCUGGGCGCCGCGAACGGACAGUCUGCUCUUUUCAUGGGUCGAGCUGUUGGAGUUCAAGGUGCCGAAGCCGAUUUUGGGAUCGGUCGUGAACGAAGAGCAGGUUGAGGGAAGUGGCGCAGACGAGACGACGGAUGACGAGGAUGCAGAUGAGCUUGUUCCCGAGAUGAGGCUGGUGGAGAAGGACAACCCGGCCGCGUUCAACUUCAGCACGCCGCAGUACUCGGCGCAUAAGCUGCCCAAGGAGGUUGUUGACGCGAGUCUGGCGGGCGAAGGAGGAUUGAGGGAGUUUGCGCAGCGGUGGAAGGAGAUGACAGAGGCGGAGGGCGGCGGUGAUGUCUGGGAAAAUGCUCCUUAG